GUGCAUCUUACCGUUAUUGACGUUCAAUUGGUCUGUCAUUGGUCCUACAUAUGGCAUAUCUGUUCCUAUUCGUCGUAUAUUCUUCUACACGGCCCGGAUCGUCGCAGCAUUAGGGUUCUGUGGCAUCCAAGUAACGUCACCUCCGUAUGCGGCUAGACAGGUUGAAUCGUAUGGAAGUCAGAGCGUCCAAAGUUGUUUCCAUUACAUUUACCUAGCGAUACAGUGUGCGCCCCUUCUAGCUUUGACGGGAAUAUCCUUUGUGCAAACCACUGUAUCGUUCUUCUGUGGAUAUCUGUCAACUGUCGGCUUCAUUAUUCUCACCAUGGUAUUCUUCAAGUUUGUGAAAUUUGAAAGAACUCGUCAGAGCACCCCUGACAAAGGGGAGUCAAUUAAAUCAAUCAUUACAUGUACAAUGAAUGAAAUAGAGAGUAAGCUGUCAUCGUGCGCCAGCUGUUUCCCCUGCAGUUGCUGCACCAGCCUCAGCUCUUCUUGUGCAUCUGGUGAUGAGGAAAGUGCGCUCCUUCUUUGUGACUGUCUUCCAGAUGCGACCUUGACUAACAAUAACAAUAUAAUCACAUCGAAUAUAGUGCUAAAGCAAUCUGCAACAACCAGCUAUGGCUCAGUGUCGGACAGCCCAUCUUCCAGUAAAUCCUCAACCAAUUCAACAAGCAGCGGAAGUAGGCCUACUCAACCGACCAUACCAUCAGCAAAGUCAUCCACGAUACCUGACACGUCAGGGAAUGCGUCGAAGGGUGUCUCAGCUACCAACAGUUCGGGAACAUCACCAACGUGCAGCGGAAGUUCUGUACUAGCGGGAGCGAUUGAAAGCUGUUCCGAGUCAGAGCGACAUUGUUUAUGGGUGGGCUACGCUAUGUUGCUUCUUUCCUGCCAAAUACCAUAUAGCUUGGUACAUUACCAGUUAUCCACAACCUAUGUGGAUCAGGCGAUGAGGAUGAAAGCGUCAAUUCUUGGUCAGCAUAUAAGUCCAACUCUCCUCGGAGAUCUGUUACCUCUGGUUGUCAUCAUCAUCACCCUACUUGUUAAUGUGUACGUCUAUCCCUUCAUUGAAACCAGGUUCAAAACCCUGACGGCAGCAAACAGAAUCGCGCUCGGCAUCGUCUUGGCGACGCUGUCCGUUCUCUGUGCCGCUAUCGCUGAGACGGCUCGGAAGUUGUUUAUCGACCGAGGCGAUUCCUUCGUCCAGGAUAUCGACAACCAAACCAUUGUCGCUUCUGAUCUCUCACUCGAUGCACUUAUUCCUCAGUAUGUCUUAAUGGGCGCAGCAGAUGUGUUCGUAUUCAUCACAAGUCUAGAGUUCGCAUUUCGGCAGUCCCCUUGUACGAUGCAGGCAAUAGCGACCGGGAUCUUCUUUUUUUACGAAGCAAUUGGUCGGCUUUUAGCCAUGCUGCUUGUACCUCUUAUAAACACUAUCACCGCAGCUGACCCUUGGUUACCAAGCGAGAUCAACGAUGGUCAUCUGAAUUUCUAUUUCCUCGUCUUGACCGCCAUCAGCUUGACCAAUCUGAUCGUCUACCUAUUGGUGGAGAAAGGUUACGAAGAAGUUGAUCAAUACCUGUGUCCUGACGAGGAGACCUAUGGCGGUGGAAGCACCACCAGCUGUUCGACCAAUCCUGCAACAAAGACAGCUGACACACCCACUUCACCAACAGUAGUUCAGAAGAUAUCUUCUCAAGCGGUGACAGCUCUGACGUCAUCAGUGUAAAUAUUGUCCUCGACACUCCAAGAACAUUCCGCAUCCGCGACAAUCGUAUCGUUGACGACAGCCUCGGAAAUGCCCGAACACCCUGACCUUACAAACGAGAAAAAAAGAAUUUUCUGCCAAUCAUAUUUUGCGAUCUUAGUGAGCUUUGAACCCACGACCUUGGACUUGUGAAUGAAAGCACCACGCAGGUGAGCUGCUCGAAGGACUACAAAUAACUCCAGAUGUUUCGUGUUCAUGAAAAUUCAUGAGGCGUAGUCUUUGACCGAAUAAAAAUAUUCUUACGUUAUUCUCGUAAAAUGUAUGUCCCCAAAUGUUCAAGGGGAAAUCUCCGCCGGUACGGGAGGAGCGAUUACGUCAUACACCAUCCAACCUCUAUAACGCAAGUUCCUUCUUUGGUUGUUCGUCUCCGCCAGAAAAUACAUCCCUCCCCCCUUUUUUCGCUCCAACCUUCUUUGAACCCCGCGACGUACGCAUUGACAUUGAUUUAUAUCCAUGGAAGCGAAUCUGGAUCUGGAUUUAUUCAUAGAUCUUUUUAUAUUUAUGGUUUUUUUUUACUCGAAAUCAUCAAGAACCACAAUAUUUACAAUUGGCAUGAUAAAAAUGUAAAAUCCCAUAACAUAAAAAGAAUAUUAUUCAGCCCGAUGAUAUAGCCCAGAUGAUAUUCAUCUGGUACAUGUACAUAUAAGCGCAGAUGGGUCUCCUAUAUUUUUGCCCAUCUGGGUCCCACUUUCAAAUGCCAAUCUCCAGCCCAAAUGAUAUUCAUCUGAUACAUUUUGGGCCCAGAUAUAACCCAGAUGGUCCUCAUCUCUGGGCCCCCAUCUCGAGCUACCAAAUUCUAGCCCAUACAGUUUUCAUAUGGGUCCCAGAAAACCCAUAUUGAACCCAUAUGGGGCCUAUAUAUUUAUCGAUUUGGGUUGUGAAUCUCUGUUAUCAUUCUUAGAACUAUAUGUAAAUGAGAGAUUUGUGUAAUAAUAAUAACGUCAUAUUUUACCAAGGGUAGCCACUUCAGUUCCGAAAAUGUUCUCUCAGCGGGCCCUGCUUAACAUGAUAAUGUUAUUAUUAUCCCGGCUUUAGCACGGCUACCUUGAUCGGGUGCUCGAGCAUUCGAUGAAUUUCUUCCUACCGGCAUGACCGGGUACCCAUUCAUCUCACCUGGGUCGAAUGCAGCAGUGUGGAUAAAUUUGUUGCUGAAGGAAAACACGCCAUGGCUAGGAUUCGAACCCACGACCCUUUGUUUGAAAGGCGAAAGUCAGAACCAUAACAUUUUGAGUUACUUAAUUUUGUAUAAUAGCUAUCCAAACAUGAUUAUAUAAGAACCCACUAUAUGAUGCACAUGUCAAUCAUUAACCGCUGAACUGGGGCGGUUGGGUAGGCUACCCCCUCACCCAGGAAAAAAAUACAAAAACUUAAUAAAAAUGACUGAUUGUGAUUUUUUUUUGGCACGAAUAGCCACCCCCCCCCCCCCCUUCAAAACUGUUCCGCGGCCUCUAAAUUUAUAUUUUGUCAUUUCUGCCGUUGAUUAUAAAAAAUAAUGACUAGUUGUUCGCACCUAUCAAGAGGACCGCAUUCUACAAGCUUUGAUUGUUAGUGGAUGCCCUAAAUUUCAAAACACCUGCUUUACUUUGUAAGAUUUUAUCAUUUUGAAUGAUUUACUCACACUAUAUACUGUACAGUGCAUCUGGAUUUGUUUUGUCUUUGUUUGUUGAUAUGGAAAAUUAAUAAUAGUCUUGAAUCAUGAAGUUUGAUCAUGUUUUCUGAAUAAUUAAAACCACAUCAAACUUAUCAAAGC